UCAAAACUUUUCGCCAUGACUGUAUGUUACAUCAUAGGUGCAAUGUUGGUGUCUGUAAACGUUCACCAUCUCUUGUUUAUUCAGGACAUGUACCUGAAUGCUGGUGGAGUGACUAUCUCCUACUUUGAGUGGCUGAAAAACCUAAACCAUGUCAGCUACGGUAGACUGACCUUCAAGUACGAGAGGGACUCCAACUACCACCUGCUUAUGUCCGUCCAGGAGAGUCUGGAGAGGAAGUUUGGGAAGCAUGGAGGAGCCAUCCCUGUGGUCCCUACCUCUGAGUUCCAGGCCAGGAUCGCUGGCGCUUCAGAGAAGGACAUUGUGCACUCAGGACUGGCCUACACCAUGGAGAGGUCUGCCAGGGUAAGAGGCUGAUUGCUUAAACAUGAUUAUCUGGGCUAAACGGUUCCUCACAGGUCCAGGGACAGGGGUUUUAUUCAAAGGAAAUGCUGUGUUAAUCCAACACAAGGUCCUGAGGCAUCCCAUUACUCCUGUUCGGGGAAAUGAAGUCUUGAAAGUUGAAGUCAUGCUUCAACGGUCCAGUGACAAGCUCCA